UCCCAGAAUGCCCUGCGCCUUUGGCAGCAUUUCUUGUCGACGUGUGAAGGGAGGGAUUCGGACACAAACAAAUGUCCACGGGUUUGAUGUCAGGCUACAGAUAACCGUGACAUGUCAGGCGGAUUUGAUAGAGAACUCCAUGACAUUUGAAACAUGUGGCUCAAACCUGAAGAGAUUCUGUUGAAAAACGCGUUUAAAUUAUGGGUCACCGAGAAGGAUAAUGAGUAUUUCGUACUGCAAAGGAGACGGGGGUACGGAGAAGGUGGAGGCGGUUUGACAGGCCUCCUUGUGGGAACUCUGGAUACUGUGUUGGACUCCACAUCCAAAGUUGCCCCGUACCGUAUCCUACACCACACACCAGACUCACAAGUGUAUUGGUCCAUAGCAUGCGGUGUCACCAAAGAGGAGAUCAUUCAGCACUGGGAUUGGCUGCAGCAGAACAUUAUGAGGACACUCUUUGUUUUUGACUCCAGUGAAGACAUCACCAGCUUCGUACAGGGCAAAAUUAGAGGUCUCAUUGCUGAGGAAGGGAAGACGUCCCUGGUGCUGGAGGACGAUCCCGAGAAGUUCCGAGAAGCACUUUUGAGGUUUGAGAAGUGGUUUGAGCUGCCACCAGAGGAAAAGCUGGUCACAUAUUACUCGUGCAGCUACUGGAAAGGCAAAGUGCCCUGCCAGGGCUGGCUCUACCUCAGCACAAACUUUUUGUGCUUUUAUUCAUACCUGCUGGGAGCUGAGGUGAAACUGGUGAUCUCCUGGGAUGAGAUCUGGAGGCUGGAGAAAACCUCUAACGUUCUGCUGACUGAGAGCAUCCAUGUCUUGGCUCAUGGGGAGGAUCACUACUUCUCCAUGCUGCUGCACCUUAAUGAAACAUUUGUGAUCAUGGAACAGCUGGCUGACUACUCCAUCAAGCGACUUUUUGAUAAAGAGGCCUUCCAGAGAGAGCCGGCGCUCUCUGACCCCCUGCAAAUUACCAAGAGAGGCCUAGAAGCUCAUGCGAAGAGUGAGCAGUUCCGGACAUUUUUCAGACUUCCCAAAGAGGAAAACCUUUUAGAGGUGCACGAGAGCUUCCUGUGGGUGCCCUUCAGCCAUUUUAACACGCUUGGCAAGAUCUGCCUGUCCGAGAACUACCUGUGUUUCGCCAGCCAGGAUGGAAGCCAAUGCCAUGUCAUCAUUCCAAUGCGAGAGGUUGUUAAUGUUGAGAAGCCAGACUCCAGCAGCAGGGCGUUAACAGUUUGUGUGCGUGGCAAGAGGGCGCUGCGUUUCUCUGAAGUGCGGGACUACCAGCGGCUUGCCAACACAAUCCGUAGCAGAUGUGGGAUUAGUGCCAGCCCUCAGCACUCUGCUUCAUCAGAGGCCAUACGAGGCGAGUGCCAGUCACUCAUCAACCACUUUGAGGACAACCCAGAGGACGUAACACUGAUGGUGGGACAGAAGGACAGCAGCAAGGCUGUAAGCACAGAGGCGCUCAUGACUGUUUUCCACCCCCAGGAUGUUGAAAACCUUGACCCCAAAAUGCUGAAGGAAAAGAUGAAGGAACAGUCUUGGAACAUCCAUUUCUCUGAAUACGGACGUGGCACGAGCAUGUUCUUCAACAGGAAGACUCGAGACUUGAUUGUUCGUGGUGUUCCUGAGGCCUUGAGAGGAGAGCUGUGGAUGCUGUUUUCAGGAGCUGUGAACGACAUGGCCACCCACCCCGGCUAUUACACCGAGCUGGUUGAACAGUCUCUGGGCACAAGCACUUUGGCUACAGAUGAGAUCGAGAGAGACUUGCACCGCUCUCUGCCAGAGCACCCUGCCUUUCAGAGUGACACAGGAAUCUCAGCUCUACGCAGAGUCCUUACUGCCUAUGCAUACAGGAACCCUAAAAUUGGCUACUGUCAGGCCAUGAACAUUCUCACCUCAGUACUUCUGCUCUACGCAAAAGAAGAGGAGGCUUUCUGGCUCCUGGUGGCCGUCUGUGAGAGGAUGUUGCCAGAUUACUUUAACCGCCGAAUUAUUGGGGCUUUGGUCGACCAGGCAGUCUUUGAGGACCUGAUUCGAGAAAACCUCCCCCAGCUGGUGGAACACAUGACAGACCUGAGUUUCUUCUCGUCCGUGUCCUUGUCCUGGUUUCUCACUCUUUUCAUCAGUGUCCUGCCCAUAGAGAGCGCUGUGAACGUGGUGGACUGUUUUUUCUAUGAUGGCAUAAAAGCCAUUCUGCAGCUUGGCCUGGCCGUGCUGGACUACAACAUGGAGGCUCUCAUCAGCUGCCAUGAUGACGCUGAGGCCGUCACCAUCCUCAACAAAUUCUUUGACAGUGUGACAAACAAAGACAGUCCGUUGCCUCCGACAGUGCAGCAAGCUUCAGUGGGCAAUAACGAUAAAGCUUCCCACUUCAAUGUGGAUAUCAGCGAGCUGAUCAGAGAGGCCUACGAGAAAUAUGGAAAUAUCCGUUCAGAGGAAGUGGAGAGUUCACGGAAAAGGAACAAACUGCAUGUGAUCCAGACACUGGAAGACACAACCAAACAAAAUGUUAUUCGAGUGGUUUCCCAAGAGGUCCGACUCAGUGCCUCACAGCUUGAUGAGCUUUAUAACUUGUUCAAAAGGCAGCAUUUCCUGUCCUGCUACUGGACAAUGAAGAGUCCCGCGUUGCUCCAUCAUGACCCCAGCCUGGCGUAUUUGGAGCAGUACCAGUUAGGUUUCCAGCAGUUCAGUGUGCUCUUCUCCCUGCUGGAGCCUUGGGCUUUCUGCGCCAACAAGAGCACCCUCUCUCUCUGGGUCUUCCGCCUGAUAGACGAGAACCAGGACGGCCUGGUCAACUUUAAAGAGUUCUGCUGUGCCCUUGAUACUUUCUACAGUGGAUCUUUCACAAAUAAGCUGAAAUUCCUCUUCAAGCUGCACCUGCCACCAGCUUUCACAGGUAGUCCUUUGCACUUAAAGGAACAAAGAAUCCAGCACUUUAUUCCAAUGACUGAAGACUCUUCUCACUUGGGUAGACUCACUGCAUUUGAUCUUCCUGAAGAUGGUGUGAUAAGGAAAAGCCCUGAAAGAGGUAAAGGAAAGGUGGAUCUACAGGCCUACCUGAAACAAUGGCAAAAUGAAAUACUUAAAAAAGAGGAAACCAUCAAGGACCUACCUCGAAUUAAUCAGACUCAGUUCAUUCAGUUCUCCAAGACCCUGUACAACAUUUUUCACGGCGAUCCAGAGGAGGAGUCACUGUACCGAGCCGUGGCCCACGUUACCAGCCUUCUGCUGAGGAUGGAAGAGGUGGGGCGGAGGCUGCAGGAGCCGAGCAGCCCCCCCGGGCCCACAGAUCCUGCUGACACCCCUGCUUCUGUGGAGGAGGAGUCCUCACCCAAAGAAGCUUCGACGAGCCCGGAGAGCUCCGACACCUCCAGCUCCCGCAGCAGUCAGGAGGCGGGGCCUGACCUCUCAGAGACGGAGUGGUCGUUUUCUUUCGAGCAGGUCCUGGCUUCUCUGCUCAACGAGCCAGCCAUAGUCCACUUCUUUGAAAGGCCUAUCGACAUUCAGACUAAACUGGGACAAGCUAAGGUUGCCCAGCUAAAACUAAGGGCAAAUAAGAGAAGGGAUACUUAAGUAAAUUGAUACUUUGCUGCCAUUAGUUUCCUUCCUCCACUCGGAUGGAGCGGAGGGUUUUAAUGAGGCAGACAGUAAGAUUACUGCUGAAAAGACACCAGGUUUGAAAAUCUGUGGCACAUAUUUUAAUGUGUGUGUGCAUUUUCAGCCAUCUGUGAUGAAAUUUAUUCUCUCAUGUAGCCACAGAUUCUUCGAUUUUAAGUUGAGUUUAAAAUAUUUGUCCCCUGUAUGCCAUGGAGCACGUACAGUAUAGUCUAUAUUGUGUAAGGGACAUGCAGUGCUGUCCAGUUCGUUCAGAAACAGAAGAGUCUGUCCUUUCCUCUGUCUCUGAUGUCCUUCUUAGGUACAACUGCAUAACAAAUGACCUGGACAAGGUGACUGACACUCCUUGGGAAUAUCUCUACAUAUUUUCUCUGAUUACUAGUCACUGCUGUAGUAAACAAAGUGUAAAAGCUGACGUGUCCUGUGACUUCAGUGUCUUUGUUCUUGGGCGACAUUAGUCUUACUCUGUAAACGUAUUGUGAGAAACACCAGCUUUUCAGUCAAUACUGGCGUUGAACAAACAGUAGUGCAGUGAGUAAGGACAAACAUUACUGUUGUCCCUGGAAGCCAUACACUGAUUCCAGAGAUUGUCUCUUUAUUGAGAGCAUAAACGAUUCAAUUAUUAUAUUACAUGUGUGCAAUAAUAUAAAAGGGAGGAUUCUGUACUGCCAUACACUCAUCUGUCUUGUUCCUCCAACAGCGGCAGCAAUGUUAAAGCAUGACUGAAACUGUGGUCUGUAAAGGUGUAAUGGUCUGAAUGCCACAGCACUGCUGUAGGGAAAUCUGGUUAUGUUUGUCUUACUCUACAUGUAUGAUAUUACACCGUAAUAUAAGAGCAGAAUUUGUACAUAGAGGUCACUUCAGCUGUUGUUUGUUUAUUGUGUUUAUGAGGGUCGCAUUGAAAAUGUGAGAUAUGAGGUAGUGAACUGUUGUUGACACAACUCAAUCCUUUUGAAGGACAUUUUUGUUUUAUCAAAUCUCAGGGUGCAAUUGUGUAAAAUAAAAGGGAGAAAAGGGAUAUUUUUUCGACCUUGGGCAGAUAAAGUAUAUGACUGAGUUAUACAUAGAGUACAGAUGUCUGUAACGUUUCAAAUAUAGAGCAUGUGUAGCAUAGUUACUGGAUUUGCCACAUUAUGCUAGCCUUCAAUGAACAGCAACUAUUCCAAUAGAAAGCCAGAUUUCACAGUAUUUCAGUUGUUUUUUGUCUUGUUUGUUUUUGUGCAUGUUCUGCUUCUUUUUUUUGUUUUUGUUUCUGUCUCAGUGAAUCAUUUUCACAGUUUUUUGGGAUUCACAACUUGUAGAUAUGUCUGGAUCUCUGUCAGAUCUCAAAGGCUUUGGAUUGCAAAAGGCCAUGACCUCUUCAGCUGCAGCUUGUCUUCUCCAGGGGCCAAAUUCACAAAUUUAUUGAGCUUUAUUUCUGCUUGUGUAGGGGAAAGUGUCUUAGAAGCUUUUAAAGUGCAAGUGCAAUUCUCUGUUUCCGAUAUUUUUAUUAUUCUGCUAUUUGCUUGGAAUGUUUUGUUGUUAGCUUCUUAAUUAAGUCCUCGUUUUUCAUUUAAGAUUAGGACCAAUCUGAAAUAUAUUUCAUUGUGUAAUUCUUGGGUUAUAUUGUUUACAUUGAGGAUGUUCAUUGAAAACACGCAUUUGCACAUUCAUUAUUCAUUGGAAUUGAAAAGACAAAUAUGUCACUUUACAUGACCAGUGUAAAAAAAAAAAAACAAAUCACCCCAUUCACUUGUGAUAUGUGAGGUUUGAUCAGUGACUUCAGUACCAAAAGCCAUAAUGAACCAGUACUGAGGACUCCAGGGCCUGAGUAGCUCAUCAUUUUGAAACCAGAUCAAUCAAAACACAAACUCUGCUCUGACCAUGGUCUGAGUAUUUAACUGCGACUGUUCCCCAGCAGUUUCACGCUGCCUUUGUAGCACCUCUGAACUUCAAGAAAUGAUUAUGAAAUGCAAACUACAGCCUCUUAUCAAAGAGCGCGUUGUGGUCCUUCCACAAGGGUUUAUUUCAGGACUGUUUUUUGCAUGCUUAGUCUAUUUUUUCAUGAGUUGAUAUUAUCUUAUUUCUGCAGGCAGAGCUUUUGGAAAAUGGCACUUGAAGUGAUUUAUCCCCAAAUAGUUUGUGGUUUCCCCCUUGAUAGAGAAACAUGUUAAAGAAGAUUAACUUGUGGGAACAGGGAAGGGAAAACCACAGGGUUAGAAAUUGUCAUUCAUCUGGCACGCUGUCAGUUUUGCCAUUAAGCAUCAAUGUAUAAAGUACAGUAGGCAUGGAUAAUGCUCCAGCUCCUACAGUAGUAUAUUGUCAAUCGAGUCCUUAUAUGUGCAAAUGUAGUUUUCAGCUUUUCUAGUCUGCAGCUUUUGUUUGAAAGCUUGUUUUUCAAAUGAUUGGAAGCAUAGACAUUUCUGUUGACCUGUUUGAUUAUCGUUUCUUUGUUUUAUCUCUAUAUGGAGGUACUAGAAUCAAGAGUGAUCAUUAAUGUGGGUCAUUGUGGGUGUCACCCGAAGCUCCUUAGACCUACACACACCAACAUGAAAUGAAACUGACUCGUGAUGAUGACUGGUACUUGUUUCUUUUUGUCUUGAGGGUCACUGGCUUCAGCCUGCUUAUCUGUCAGUAAGUCGUGUUUAUAUUUGCUGAUAUGCAUCUAAACAGCUUAUCAAAAGGGAUUUUAUUGUAUAAUAAAUGUAAUCAUGGCUUGACAACCAGA